AGCCUCACCAAGUUAGGUUGUAAGCCUGGUAUAUGUAGCCGGCAGCUGAGCACGCCGUUGCUUGUGCCGACGCUGUGUGAGGGACACCGAGGCUGCUCCGGAGCGCAAAGCCCGCCCCAAGCCGAACCUUUAGCAGAUUUCAGUUGACCAAAGAAAUGGUGAUGGAGAAGCCAAGUCCCCUGCUUGUCGGGCGGGAGUUUGUGAGGCAAUAUUAUACCCUUCUAAAUCAAGCACCAGACUUUCUGCAUAGGUUCUAUGGCAAGAGUUCUUCCUAUGUUCAUGGUGGCUUGGACAGCAAUGGGAAACCAGCAGAUGCUGUCUAUGGGCAAGCUGACAUCCAUAAGAAAGUAAUGUCCUUGAGUUUCAAGGACUGUCGGACAAAGAUCCGCCAUGUUGAUGCCCAUGCCACUCUUAAUGAUGGGGUCGUGGUACAAGUCAUGGGAGAGCUCUCCAACAACCGGCAACCCAUGCGGCGCUUUAUGCAGACCUUUGUUUUGGCACCAGAGGGUUCUGUGGCAAACAAAUUUUAUGUCCACAAUGACAUAUUCCGUUACCAAGAUGAAGUUUUUGGUGACUCUGAUACAGAACCUCCAGAAGAAUCAGAUGAGGAAGUAGAUGAACCUGAGGAAAGGCAGCAGACUCCUGAAGUAGUUGCCACAGAUGAUGGUGCAUACUACGACCAAUCUGGAAGCAACAAUGACUUGGAUGAACCACUGGAAGAGCAGAUAGUAGAACCAGAACCUGAACCAGAGCCAGAACCUGAGCAGGAUCCCGAACCUGAGGUGGUGGAAGACAAGUGUGAACCUGUGUCGGAGGAACCAUCCCCAGAAGAGGAAGAGGUUCUGGAGAAGAGCCCCUCCCCACUUCCUGCUGAUCCUGCACCACCAGUUCAGGAGGACUCAAGGACCUUUUCCUGGGCCUCUGUGACCAGCAAAAAUCUUCCACCUAGUGGUGCUGUCCCAGUGUCUGGAAUCCCACCCCACGUUGUCAAAGUUCAGCCAUCACAGCCCAGACCUGAAGCCAAACCUGAAAACCAAACGCCAAGACCACCACAGAGAGAUCCAAGAGUCAGAGAACAGAGGCCUAUGACGUUGCCUCCCCGAGGAGGACCCAGACCAGUACGAGAGGGGGAACCAGGAGAGUUGGAGACGCGGCGCAUCAACAGAUACCCAGACAGCCAUCAACUGUUUGUGGGCAAUCUGCCACAUGAUGUGGACAAGACUGAGCUUAAAGACUUCUUUCAGACUUACGGCACUGUCGUUGAGCUUCGUAUAAACAGUGGUGGAAAGCUUCCGAACUUUGGUUUUGUUGUCUUUGAUGAUGCGGAGCCUGUUCAGAAAAUCCUGAGCAGUCGGCCCAUUAUGUUCCGUUCAGAUGUGCGUUUGAACGUAGAAGAGAAGAAAACCCGUGCUGCUCGAGAGGGUGACCGUCGCGGUGACAGGCCCCGUGGCCCUGGAGGCCCACGUGGAGGUCUGGGAGGGGGUCUGAGAGGACCGCCACGUGGUGCAAUGUCACAGAAGCCUGGUUUUGGGGCUGGAAGAGGCGUUCAAGGUCCACGCCAGUGAUCUUUUUUUUGUUUUUUUUCGUGUGUGUUUUUGAGUGGCAUCUAACAUCAAAAGGCAAAUCGCCCUCUUCUGUCCUGCAGCCUUCUGAAACUUGGGGUCUUGGAUGUCUUAGCAUAUUGUCCCAACGUGAUGGACUGCUACACUUCACCAAUCCCAUCCCAACCCUUUUGUUUGUGUUGCGAUUUUACGGAUUUUUUUUUUUUUCCUUCUCGAUCCUCUUCCCAGAAUCCAGCAUUUGUUGGACAAUGUCUUUUAGGGGGGAAAAGGAUUUAAAUCAUGCAAAAAACAAACAAAAACCAUGUUUUCAGCAGUCAAACGCAAUGGAACAUUUCCUGAAUUUAGGCAAAUCCAGAAGUAUGAUUGGGAUUGCUGGUAUAGGCUCUUUCUGACUUCUCGAAUCUGUUUUGGCACUCUACUCAAAGCCCUAUUUGGGGAAAAGGCUAGUUUUUGGCACAGUAUUCUGGUCUUGGUAGUAUGUAUCCAUUGAAGCUGUGAGUAGUGAUGAAGACACAGGUGGCUUAGAGCAGCCACUUACAAUCUCCAUCUGUGCUGAUUUUACUGCAAAAAAUAA